UUCUUGAGAUUUUUUUCGCGGUGAAAAAGCAUUAAAAAAUCAUAAAUUACCGCUACAAACUUAAACUAAACUAUAAACAGCUCAGAAGCUCAACUCUACGCAUUCACUUUAAAGCCCAGACGGCGAUUUGUGACUGAACGAGGAAGUAAAAAGACCUGUCAAAGCUGGGAACGCGCGUGUAACAAACCAACAUGUCGGCUAUUUCCGAGGAGGAUUUAAACAGGAAGAGGUUUGAAUGCGACCCUCUGGCGGAUAAUGCGAUGGAAGAGGUAGCGAGAGUUCGCGGUGAAAAAGCAAUAAAAGGUCAUUACGUACUUAGGGCUGUCCAAGAUCUUGGAAGACUCUCUGGGGAUUCCCAUUGCGCGAGAUUUAUCGAAUUCUAUGAACAAGAACCUCCAUGGGAAGUUGAUUGGCAAAUGUGGGAGUUAGGAAGGCGGGUAUUUGUCCGAAACAGUGUCUUCGCCGGCCUUGUUCUCAUGUAUGGUAGUCUUGUUUCCUCAUUCACCGCUGCCUAUGGGAAUAAGGUGUUGUCAGCUACGGGACGCAUUUCCCCUAACGGAGAUGUUCGCCGAAGACUGUUUGAGACCCUUUUCUUUGUGAGGGCUGUUGUUCUUGGUUCGUCGAGUGAAAUUAAAGAGGCCUGCAUGAGGGUGCGUCUGCUCCAUGCUGCUGUACGCCGUCACCUUCUUCAUCGUGACGGUGGGUGGGAAAUUGAAAAUUUUGGAUGUCCAAUCAACCAAGAGGAUUUAGCUGGUACAUUGUCUACAUUUUCAUCUGUUGUGGUUGAUGGACUAGAAAUUCUUGGUGUUUCUUUGUCAAAAACUGAAAAGGAUGCUUACCAAACUUUGUGGAAAUAUGUUGGUUUUUAUCUGGGAAUGACAAGUGAUUUACUAUGUGACAACUAUGAAGAAGAAUGGAAACUGUGCAAUAUGAUAAGAGUGCGACAGUGCAAACCAGACCCUGAUUCAGUGGUGUUGACUGAGGCACUUUUACAGGAAUUUGCGAGCAAAAAUCCCUUUUAUCUCAGUUACAAUUUCUCAAGCAGUUUAUCAAGACACUUCAUUGGAGAUGAUCUUGCAGAUGAGCUUGGCCUUUCAAGAUUUAACAUGCUCAGUCAAGUUAUUAUGAAUUUGUUAUACUGGAUUCUCAGAACAUCAUGUUUCACUCAAAGGAGAGUUUCUUUUCUUGAGCAUGGACUGUAUAAAUUUGGAAAGUAUGCCCUGAAUACAAUAGUUCACCUCUCCUUAGGAGGCAGGGAACCUUCUUUCAUCAUGAAGGUGUAUUCUUGAGCAGGUAUCAUUCAGUUUACAUCUGUUCAUCAGAGCUAGAGAUCUGGUUCAUGAACACAGAUCUUCUUUUAGUUAGUAGUUAUCUUAGUGGGAUCCUAGGACAAUGAUUCCUUUUGAGUUGAUUUUGGUCCCUUUAGCAUGUUAAAAGCUAAGCUCUUGGAGAACUGAUUCAGAAAUGAAGGAGAACUGAAGGAAACAUGGCCAGUAUUUUUAAUUAUAAAAUAAUUCAAAUAGUACACACGCUCUGAUUGGCCAUAAAACCAUUUUACAUGAGCGUAUGUAAACACGGUUUUCAUUCCUCUUUCAUUGGUUAUUUUAUAAAAGAAAUGUAAAAUGGUUUCCGUGUUUACAUAGCCUGAUGUAAACACUUGGGAGGUUGGGAGAUCACUUGAUAAGCUGGAAACCACUCCGCUUAGCGUUGUGGUUUCCUACACUUAUCUCGUGUUCUCCCAACCUCGCGCAUGUUUACAUCAGGCUAUGUAAACAUGGAAACCAUUUUACAUUUCUUCAUUGUUUCAUCAAAUUCAGUCCCAAGUAAUGGCCAAUUGAAGACAAUCUUAUCUCUUAUGUGAAAUUACUGUCCUUUAAGGUUUCACUGCUUAUUCAGGGAUAAUAUUUUCUCACAGUUAAACUGAGUGACAUUAUUUUAUCUGAAGUUAGGACAAAAAGCAAACCAAGACUUUUAAACCAGUCUGAGUUUAAAUUCUUUGCUUUGUAUAUAGCAAACUUGUCCUCCUGCUGGUAGGGAUUUUUCAAAACAGUAUGUCCAUUUAGAAUUUUUAUUUCCAAUUUAUUUUUUGUGGCCCUGAAAUGCUUCAUUGGGGGAAGGUCAAUUAAGUACACAUAUAGUGUUGUACAUUGUAAAUGCAUCCAUCGCUAUUGCAAUCAAGAAACAGUUUAAUCAAAAAUCACUGUGGUGGGUCAUACAAUGUAUGAGGUGAUCUUUUCACAUAAAUUAUACAGUUUUAUGUAGAGAUGGCCCAUAAAAAAGAUAGUUUUGCAACAAACUUUAUUGUUAUAUUUCAUAUGCAGAUUACUUAGUACAAACAAACAAUAAGUAUUUUUUAAUGCCAAAAAAAUAACUCUUACACGUGUUCGAGACAUUGCUUUUUAAAGGCCAUUACAUAAAAAAAGCAGUUUACAUUUACACUCUUAGUCUAAUUCAUACAUGUUAGCACAGUUUUCCAUUUCCUGAAUUAUU